UGCCCCGCCGCCAAUCACACGCUGCGGUCGGUGCGCUCCAAGAUGGCGGCUUCCAGGGAUCUGUAUCGCACAUCAGCGCGUUCAAGAGCUGAGUAUCUCUACCUCCCGACGGUUUAAACUCCCGGCGAGGCGGCCCAGGAACAACCGAGCGGGCUUGAAUUGUCGCCGGUGAAACGCGGAAGCGGUUCCCCCCGCCUUCCAUGGUUGGUUCGUGCGAGGAGCCGGUAAUGGUGUAGGGGGUUGUGUUAUCGAGUAUGGCCACCGACAACCGGAUCAAUUUUUGGAGGAGAAACGUAAAGGUUCCCGGAAGCGUACAACCAGUUUAUGGAGCACAGCAUCCGCCUCUCGACCCCCGAUUGCGACGCACGUAUCCCAAAGACACGAAGCCCAAGUUCAACAACCUGAAGUCUAAAAAGGCGUCUAGCUUCCACGAGUUUGCUCGCAGCACCAACGACGCCUGGGACAUCGACGAUGAGGAGGAUGAGGACUUCCUCAGGAAUCCCUCCCCGACUCCAUUGGGCCUGCACUCGUCCACACAGAACCAGCAGCAGCAGCAGCAGCAGAACGAGGCAGGACACACAGAAUCUGCAGUAUCACACAAACCUUCAUCACCCGUGACACAAGCCGGAAACCUCCAAAAUGUGCAGGAGGAGGAGGAUGCAGAGUGUGAGCAUGUCAACGGGAAGGUUAUCAAAUCCAGCAGUGACGCGUACCUCAGCACGUCCUCAGUUCGCUCCACGUUGCAGAAGCAGCAGUCUCUCCCGGUUCGUCCCAUCAUCCCACUGGUGGCUCGUAUCUCGGACCAGAACGCUUCCGGAGCUCCACCCAUGACGGUGCGCGAGAAAAGCCGGCUGGACAAAUUCAGGCAGCUGCUGGCGAGUCCCAACACUGACCUCGAAGAACUCCGGAAACACAGCUGGUCAGGGAUACCGAGAGAAGUCCGGCCGAUCACGUGGAGGCUUCUAUCUGGCUACCUGCCGGCCAACAAAGAGCGCAGAGAGCUGGUGUUAAAAAGAAAGCGAGACGAGUAUUUCGGGUUCAUAGAGCAGUAUUACCACUCCAGAACAGAUGAGCACUAUAAAGACACGUACAGACAGAUUCACAUCGACAUUCCAAGAACCAACCCUCUGAUUCCCUUGUUCCAGCAGCCGGCAGUACAAGAGGUGUUUGAGCGGAUUCUCUUUAUCUGGGCCAUCCGUCACCCAGCUAGCGGUUACGUCCAGGGAAUCAAUGAUCUGGUCACACCGUUUUUUGUCGUCUUCCUGUCCGAGUUUGUCACGGAGGAUGUGGAGAACUUCGAGGUGGCAGCGCUGCCUCUGGACACCCAGAGAAACAUCGAAGCCGACAGCUUCUGGUGCAUGAGCAAGCUGCUGGACGGAAUUCAGGACAACUACACCUUUGCUCAGCCUGGAAUUCAGAACAAAGUGAAAGCUUUAGAGGAGCUGGUCAGCAGGAUAGAUGAGGACAUUCACAAUCAUUUCAAGAGGUAUGAAGUGGAGUACCUGCAGUUUGCCUUCCGGUGGAUGAACAAUCUUCUGAUGAGGGAGCUGCCGCUUCGUUGCACUAUUCGUCUCUGGGACACCUACCAGGCUGAAGCUGAGGGAUUCUCCCACUUCCACCUGUACGUCUGUGCUGCUUUCCUCAUAGAAUGGCGCAAAGAAAUCCUGUCCAUGAUCGACUUUCAGGGCCUCCUCAUGCUACUGCAGAACCUUCCCACGAUCCACUGGGGCAACGAGGAAGUGGGUCUCCUCCUGGCUGAAGCUUAUAGACUCAAGUACAUGUUUGCGGACGCACCGAGCCACUACAAGAGGUAGAGCUGAGGCUCAACGCUGUACGUUUAGACAUUUACACUUAGACUGGAAGAAACCACAACGUCGGAGACUGUUGACUUUCUGCUGUGAAAAUGAAGUCCAGUGAAUGGAUUUUGGCUUCGUGGUUCGACCCGUAGAGCUCAGUGAUUACGGGACUCUCUGUAUUAAUGGACUGCUGCAGUAUAACUAACCAUAGCUGCGCCAUCUUGGUUCACUUAUGCUGUCUUUAAACGUCCAUGCUGUGAUACGAAAAGGGAUGAUGAAUGUUUGUGAGAUCAUCCUUUUAGUGAAAUGUGGAAUCUACAGAUUAUAUUUUUUGCAGAUUUGUUUUAGCAGCUGUCUUACAAGGGAAGAAAAAGUAUAAAAAUAUUAGAUAAUAUAAACCAGGCAACUAUAAUGCUUUUUUUUCCCUUUAAAAACUAAAGGUAGUCUGACACUGUUUUUGCUGUUAUAAAUAAUAUCGGCUUUAGUCCUCUCCUCCUUGUUUGGGAUUAAAGAGCUGAUGCGUGAGUAGACUUACAGUUUAGUUCAGGCUCGAUGAAUCUGCACUGUACAAUCAACUCCUUAAAGCCCGUAGUUUGAGGUUUAACUGGUGACUGUGGGUUGUAUUUAGAUCUAAGAGUAGCAAAUAGUCGGUACUGUGAUUCAUUUCAGGUUGUGUUUAAUAUUGAAGGCGGAGGAACUGAUUCCUUCUUUGGCGUUUUUUAAAUCACUCCCAAAUACAGACGGGUGACAAAUUAAAGGAAAAACCAAGAUUCAGUGUCUUGACAAGAUACAAAACAGCCUCAGUGCUCUUUGGGAUUAAUUCUUCAAGUCUCUAGAACUCGAAACACCAUUCUUUCAAAAGAUAUUCCCUCAUUUGUUGUUUUGAUGACGAUACAGGUCCAAAAUCUUUCAUAAAUGUUCAGUUGGGUUGAGAUUUGUUAAGACUAUAACGUAAAAUUCACGUAGUUUUCAUUAUUCAGCGUGCCCUGAAGAUGGAGAUGAUGUCGUUCUAGAACAGACGACGUAAAUGUUGAUCAGUCUGAACAACUUCCUAUUGAUUUGCAGCAUCUCUUCCCUCUACAGGGAACAAAGCCGACCUUUAUUCACUGGAGACAUUUCAUCUUUAGCAAUCAAAAACAACAGUUCUACUAGAAAGUCCCUGAAACUCCCGACACAGAUCAUAGUAGAUACUCCAAAACCAUCAGUAAUUUUAGAUGGAGGAUUGUCACUGACAAAAAGACCCUGACGACGAAGAACACUGGAAACAGAAAGGAGACUUUGCCAAUAAUAAAUCUUUUUGCACCAUUGCUUUAGAUUCUUCAAGUCUCUAGAACUCGAAACACCAUUCUUUCAACAGGUAUUCCCUCAUUUGGUGUUUUGAUGACGAUGCAGGUCCAAAAUCUUCCAUAAAUGUUCAGUUGGGUUGAGAUUUGUUCAGACUAUAGUAUAAAAUUUGCAUCAUUUUCAUUAUUCAGCGUGCCCUGAAGAUGGAGACGAUGUCAUUUUAGAAGAGACGACCUAAAUGUUGAUCAAUCUGAACAACUUCGUAUCGAUGUGCAGCGACUCUUCCCUCUAAAGGGGACACCACUGACAUUUAUUCACUGGAGACAUUUCAUCUUUAGCAAUCAAAAACAACAGCUGGGUUCUACCAGAAAGUCCCUGAAACUCCCAAAACAGACUACAGUAGUAGAUACUCCAUCAUCUAAAGAAAAACCAUCUAUCACCAUAGAUGGAGGAUUGUAACUGGUAGAAAGACUCUAAGGGGGAAGAACACUGGAACCAGAAAGGAGACUUUGCCAAUAAUAUCAAAUCUUUUUGCACAGUUGCUUCAGAUCUUUUGUCAAUAAACGAGAUCUUGAUAAAGUCUCUUCUCUUAGUAAUUUUGGACCCAAACCUUGCCAACAAAAUGCUCCCUACAGCACAAACAGAACCCCUUAAUGUUGAGGUAAACCUCCACUGAACCUUCACAGGCUUAAUCGAUGUCGCCUCCUACAAUUUUUGAGUUCAUGAGGCUUUGAAAUGGUACAAAAUGUGCAUCAACAUUUUAAAAAAGGUAUACUUGGACUAAAGACAGAAGAGAUGCCAAUUGUUGCCGGUCAUGAAAGGCAGAUAGCCGAUAUUUGGUACUGAUAUGUGUUAAAUGUAAUUUUUUAGUAGCGUGUGAUGGCAGAGAACCUGUCAUUCAUAAUUAGGCUUCUUCAUAAUAACAGGAAUAUGUAAAAUAGAAACAGGAGCGAUUAAAUUAGGACUCUCUCGACUGAGAUCGAUCAGUUUGUCUCCUGCUGUUCUUCUCUAUUUUCUUAAUAUUUCACUCUUCUAUCACUUUUAUUGUCCGCUAAGGUCCAGAUCUUGAAUUAAUUAUUGUUUUCCAGCUCUGUUUCAGGUUAAUCUGCCUUCUAAGUUUGCCGCUAGCUGUUAGCGUAGCAUUAUCCGCUUUGAGAGAAGCUAACUUCCCGGUUUGUGUUUCUUGUUCAGACAUUUCUGAGACCACAGAGAGAGGAAGCUUAAUCAGACCUGAAACAGAGCAUUUAAUCUAUUAGUAAUCGGCUAAUAAAAAUACAGAUUCCGAUAUUUAGGACAAUGCAGUUCGUGGUUUGAUCAACGUCUCAGUUGAUUAUCUCCAUUUGUGACAUUUCAGUAUUUAAACGUCUGAGCAAACCACCAAACGUCAGUGAAGUAAUCCUGUUAGACUGAAAAUACAAACAACUAACAAAAAAAGCGUCCAAUAAUAAAAAAAAACACAACGGGCAGCUCUUUUCCACAUUUUUCCACAUUUCACAGAGAAUAAGUGCUAAUGACUUCAUUCCUACCUUCCUGUGCAGCAAAGUUUGUCAUUUAUUUGGGUUUUUCCCUUUAAUUUGUCACCCUGCGUCUCUGUUAACAUUUGAAUUUUAGACCUCGUAGUCGAUGUUGCUUUUAAAUUCCACUCGUCAGCUGACCCGGGUCGAAUUUAAUCCUGUAGCUUGUCUAAAUUUUACGAUGUUUUAGAGCAGGGGUGUCAAACUUAUUUUAGUUCAGCGGCGACAUUCAGCCCAAUUUGAUGGGUAAUGACCAGUAAAAUCACAGCAUAAUAACCUAUAAAUUACCACAACUACAAUUUGUAUUUGUUUUAGUGCAAAAAUUUUCACAUUUAAGGAAUUAACUUUUUACAAAACAUUAUGAACAACCUGAAAUUUCUUGAGAAAAAUAAAUUCAAUUUUGGCAAUAUUAUGCUUCAGUUCAUCAUUUACACAUUACAACUUACAGAUCACAGAGUGUCUACAAAGACACAAAACAUUUAGUCACAUGUAUCUGGAACUGAAUGAUUUAUUAAUUUACUUUGUGAUCAAAAUGACUGAAGUCUGACAAAAAUUGACAAAAAACAAUGAAAACAAGACCAAAUAUUAGAAAAACAAAACACAAAAUUACAAAAAAUGAGACAGAAAGCAACAAAAAAAUGGACAAAUGAUCAAAAAAAUACACAAAUGACACAAACGAGACAAAAAAUAACAAAAGCAAGAAACAAAACGACAAAAAACACAAGCAAGACAAAAAAAACACCACAAAACAACCAGAAAAACAAAACACACAAUGACAAAAAAAGACAAAAAACACAAGCGAGACACAAAGGAAACGCAAAAUAACAAAAACAAGAAACAAAACGACAUUAACAUGAGACAAAUGACAAAAGUCAGACAAAAAAAGACAACAAAGCAACAAAAACAAGACAAAAUAUUACAAAAACGAGACACAAAAGAACAAUUCAGCAAUUUAGUGUUUUACUUCAUAUUCAAAACAACUUGUCAUGGUCUAGAAAUUACUUUAAAUUUAUAGUUUUAAAAAUUUACAAUUUGCAGUUAAUGUCUUCUCUGUAAUUUUUACACUUUACUAUGUCGUCCCACGGGCCGGAUUGGACCCUCUGGUGGGCCGGUUUUGACCUGCGGGCCGCAUGUUUGACACCCCUGCUUUAGACGAUUGAAACACAGCUGUAGUUCGUUUUGACCUUAUUAUCAUCUAAAAACCGUUUUAUUCGACACCUGCAGUCACUGUAAUAACCACAUAGAAUAAAAAGUAGUGGAAAAUGAGGGAUCGCCUCAGUCAAACAGGAUAAUUCCUUUAGCAGAUGUGUUUAAAUGAAGCCUGUUGGAAGUGAACGGUCGCUACAUGUUGAUGCCUUUUGUUAUGAGCAUUAACGCUUGUAUUUUAUGUUUGGUUCAUGUUAGUUUGCUGUUGUAUCUGUGUUAUUAUCCGGGUUUAUUUUUACUUCAGUGUUGCUGUUUUUCUUUUUCUUUUUUAAUAUUCUCUCACCUACCUUCAUUGCCAGUGAUAAUUGAAAGCACAGCGUGUGUUUGGAGGAUGUGACAAUCGUUAGCCUUUUAAAGUUUAAUUUUUGGAACUGUUAGAUGGAAGUUUUUUCAGUUUUGCUCAUGUGUGAAAAUGUGACCGUUUUUGAAGGAAAUACUUUGGCUGCAGAAAAUCUGGGUCUGAACCUGAAUUUUGAGCUUCUUAACACCAUUAUGUUCUGUGGUACUUAAACUGAGUCAGUAAAGUAAGUUAUCUUUCAUUUAAAAGAGUUUGUGGCUCAUUCAUGGUCAGCUUUUGAUAAUCUUGCAUUCUUCGGUCUUUAACAGCCACUUCUGAAUGUUUUUAGCAUCGACUCCUUCAUCCAGGUGAGACGUCUGAUUGUGUUUUUACCACGACAAUGGUAUUGAUCACUCCAUGCUGUUGUUUUUGUUUUUUUUUCAUGUAAAGGUUGUGUGUUCUCUGAAAUGUUAAUAACUAAAGGCUGAUUUGUUUCACGAGUGUUUCAACAACAUGCCAAAACUUUAACAGGCCAAUACAAUCUGUUCUGUAGAGAGCUGCAGUAGUCGGCGCCGGCUUCAGCCUUAAACGAAGAAUUAUUAAAUUAUUGCAGUACCUGCUGUACAUUCACCUUUUUUGGUUUAUAUUAAACGGAUUGUUAUUCUUCA